AUGCACCACACGUCAGCUCAAGUUAUACUCAGAGAAGCAGAGGAACUGGGAGGACUGGACUACAAGUUGGGGCUGACCCAGAGGAAGUGGGGGGGUGAGUUGGGGCAAGGCCACAGCAGGGCCAUUUGUCCUGGGCUUCAAGGGACCCUGUAAUCCCAACUACUUGGCAGGCUGAGGCAGGAGAAUCACUUGAAUCCGGGAGGUGGAGGUUUCAGUGAGCCGAGAUAGUGCCACUUCACUGCAGCCUGGGCGACAAGAGUGAAACUCUGUCUCAAAGAAAACUAAAAUAGGCUGGGUGCAGUGACUCACGCCUGUAAUCCCAGCACUUUGGGAGGCCGAGAUGGGUGGAUCACCUGAGGCUGGGAGUUCAAGACCAGCCUGACCAACAUGGAGAAACCCCAUCUCUACUAAAAAUACAGAAUUAGCUGGGCGUGGUGGCUCAUGCCUGUAAUCCCAGCUACUCAGGAGGCUGAGGCAGGAGAAUUGCUUGAACCUGAGAGGCGGAGGUUGUAGUGAGCUGGGAUUGCUCCAUUGCACUCCAGCCUGGGCAACAAGAGCGAACCUCUGUCUCAAAAAUAAAUAAAUACAUAAAAUAAAUACAUAAAAUAAAUAAAUACAUACAUAAAAUAGAUAUGUAUUUAUGCAAACCAUACAAAAAUGUUUGGCAACCAUCGCAAGAUACCUGACAAUGUGAAAUAGUUUUAUUACAACUGGCCUGACCUUCAAAGGCCUUCACAGCUCCUGCCUUCAUGUUACCGUCUACUAUGUUCCUCAUGCACCUUCCACUCAGCACAAACAGGCUGCACUGCCUCCGAAACACAUCACUGGAACCCUGCCUCUGCUCCUUUGUCCAUCUGAAUCACCCUCUCCACAUUUCUGACCCUGUAAUCCUCAUCUCACUUCAUGAGGCAGUUCGCUUCUCUUUUGCAUUUAGCUUUCCCCGGGGUACACUGUCAGUAGCCUACUGUCUGAUGUCAUCAGUCAGCACUUCAUCAGAGGCAAUUAUGUCCACAGAGCUUUUGGCUAAUUACUGUCACUCCUCUUUACAUGUGUGCAUAUGCAUAUCAUCUUUCCCUAAUGAGACUGGAAAUCAUGAUUCAUUCCCUGGAGCAGUGGUUUCCAUAAGUGACCAACCCACAGACCGGUGCAAACUGGCUGCAAAAGAGCUUCCUCUGAGGAACUUAUUAGAAUGCAGAUUCUUUGACUGCAUGGGAUAGGAGGAUCUCAUAAAUCUGGGUGUAAUAGGCACAGAACGUUAGGUGUAAUAUGGGCGGGACUCUGGACUCAGCAUAUCCAACAAGCUGCUGGCUGAUUCCGACGAUGCCGAUGAAUUGCCAGGUUGGGAACUGCUGCCCCCAGAGAACCUAGCAGAGAGCUCUGUACGUGGUAGGUGCUCACUACCCUUUUGUUUGGGUGUAUGCCUCCUGAUAAUGAACUUGAUUGUAACAUUAUUGUUGCAUUAUGCCUGUAUUGUUUCCUUAAGUGAAGGAAGAAUGCUUUUGAGUACCUAAUAGGUGGCAAGCUCUGUGCCUACUUACAUACAUGAACUAUUCCUUUUAAUAACCUUUGGAAAUAAAGUGGCAUUUCCAUUGGGCAUUAGAAAUCUGAAGACUUUCGUUUACAGCUGUUGCAACAGCAGAACUAGAAUUCGACCUCCUACAUUUCUGCUCACCAGAGGGCAUGAACUGCUGGUUUGUACCUGGCUUGCAGAUACCUUCUUUGGGCAGCACAAUGUUCAAAAUUAAAAAAACUACCAACACUUCUAAACUGGAUACUUUGUAUCAAUAUCUGGGUUUCUGGCUUCUCUUCAUGGGAAAAAAACAAACAAACAAAAAGGUUUGGUGAACACUGGGGCCCACAUUCCUGCCGGGCAACAGUCACAUGGAGACUUUAGAUGGGCACGUGCCCAGAACACACUAGAGUCCCCAUCGCUCCCCAUUCUCUUACAUUCUAUUCCCAACUAGGUUCUUAUAGGCCUGGGUUUGUGCCUGUUGCACACUUAUCUACUCUCUUGCUUCCCACUGGUCAGGAAGUCUGGCAAACUUAAAAGGCCUCUUUUUGUUGCUCUCUCCUGUAUGGAUCUCUCAUCAUAGAGGUGUGUGCAUUUCUGACUUUGUGAUUUCAAUACUAAGGAAGCUGUCGGCACAUUAUCAAGGAAAACGGGGAUCGCUGCUCCCCAACGUACACAUUCUGGUGUGCCCCAGUAAAAUUCUAUAUUCAGCCUCCAAAUUAGCUGGGAAAAAUGUGGCAAAUCAUCUACUUGCUCCAAUUCAAUGGUGUUUAGAAGUAAGAAGUCACUGUGAGCAGUGCCACCAAGUGGUGGAGAGACUCCAUGCAGAAUCGCCACCUUCAGCCAGAGAGGCUGGGAGGCCGAAGACCUCUCUCAAUGCACAGGGCCAUUCAGAAACUACAAACAAAAUGCUUGCUCAUCUCCCUAGGCCACUCCUUCCGAGGCUUUUUGAGACAAGGUCUCACUGUCACCCAGGCUGGAGUGCAGUGGCACAAUCAAGGCUCACUGCAACCUCAACCUUCUGGGUUCAAGCGAUCCUCCCACUUCAGCUUUUCGAGUAGCUGGGAUGACUACAGGCAUGGGCCACCACACCCAGCUGAUUUUUUUUUUUUCUUUUUAGUAGAAAUGAGGUCUCGCCAUAUUGCUCAGACUGGUCUUGAACCAACACAUUUUUAGCUUUUUAAAAGACAGCCUUGGCCAGCCAUGGCAGCUCACACUUGUAGUCACUGCACUUUGGGAAGCUGAGGUGGGCAGAUAGCUUGAGCCGAGGAGUUCAAGACCAGCCUGGGCAACAUGGUGAAACCCCAUCUCUACAAAAAAUACAAAAAUUAGCUGGGUGUGAUGGUGCACAUCUGUGGUCCCAGCUACUGGGGAGGCUGAGGUGGGAGGAUUGCUUGAGCCUGGGAGGUCGAGGCUGCAGUGAGCUGUGAUUACCUCACUGCUUUCUGGCCUGGGGAACAGAGACCCUGUCUCUAUUAAAAAAAAAAAAAAAAAAAAAAAAGAAA